AUGCCCGGGGCCGGGGGCCGAGGCGCAGCCCGGGCGAGAUGGCUGGGCACCGGGCUUUUGGGUCUCUUCCUGCUCCCGGUGUCCCUGUCGCUGGAGGUGUCUGUGGGAAAGGCCACCACCAUCUAUGCUGUCAAUGGCACGGAGAUCCUGCUGCCCUGCACCUUCUCCAGCUGCUUUGGCUUCCAAGACCUCCACUUCUGGUGGUCCUACAACACCAGUGAUACCUUCAGGACUCUCAUAGACGGGACGGUGAAGAAUGAAAAGUCUGACCCUAAGGUGAAGUUCAAAAAUGAUGAUCGCAUCACUCUGGAGGGCUCCACUAAGGAGAAGAUGAAUAACAUUUCCAUUCUACUGAGGAACCUGGAAUUCAGCGACACAGGCAAAUACACCUGUCAUGUGCAGAACCCCAAGGAGAAUAAUUUUCAGCACCAGGCCACCAUCUUCCUCCAAGUCGUCGAUAAAUUGGAAGAAGUGGACAACACGGUGACCCUCAUCAUCCUGGGAGUCGUGGGUGGGGUCAUCGGGCUCCUCAUCCUCAUCCUGCUGGUCAAGAAGUUCAUUGCCUUCAUCAUCAAGAAGACUCAGGAGAAGAAGAAGGAGUGCCUCGUGAGUUCCUCAGGGAACGAUAACACAGAGAAUGGGUUGCCUGGCUCUAAGGCAGAAGAGAAACAACCAACCAAAGUGUGAGCCCCUCCUGGGGGCCAAGCAGCCGCUCGGGCCUCACCUGCUGAUGAAGAACUGAUGCUUGAGCCACGUCCGUGAACCACGUGCCUGAGACACCUGCUGCUUGGCUCCAACUGUAGUCUU